AGUCCCGAAUUUGAUGGAUUCCCCGCAGAGGAGCCCAGGCAACUGGUCCCUCGCAGCUGCUCCUGCGCAUGUGCAGUUCUGCCUCAUUGUUCGCCCGCUCCCUUGUCUCCAGCUUCGCAGCGCAGGUAACCGUGGAGACCCGGGGUCGACGCGCUGCUCGGGCCGAGUCCUGCACGAAGGAUGCGCACUACAGCUCUGGCCUCAGAGUUCUCAAAACUUUUCCAGGAGCAGGAGAAAAUGAACACAUCCCAGGGAUCGGUGUUGUUCGAGGAUAUAUCCGUGGACUUCACCCAGAAGGAGUGGCAGCUGCUGGACCCUGCCCAGAGGCUCCUGUACAGGGAUGUGAUGCUGGAGAACUACAGGCAUCUGGUAUCACUGGGGCACUGCGUCACCAAACCUGAGCUGAUAUUCAAGUUGGAGCAAGGAGAAGAGCCAUGGGUACCAAAGAAAGAACUCCCAAGUCAGAGCUGCCCAGAAGUCCAGGAAGCCAAUAACAUGAAAGAAAGAAGCGAAGCAAAGGAAGAUAAGUAUUCGAGGAAAGCUUUCUUCUUCAACAACAGAAUAUUGACUAAGGAGAGAACUAAGACCUUGAGAAACCCAGUGCCCUCAAGAAAAAUAUCCCAUAAAUGUGACUUAUCUGGAACAAGCUUGGAAAGUGUUUCAGAAUUAAUUAUUAGUAAUAGAAACCAUGUAAGAAAAACGUCUAGUGAUCUCAAUGGAUGGGGAUCCCUUCAUGCUAUGCAUGAGAAAAUUCAUGCAGUGAACAAGCCCCAUGAAAGUGAUCGAAAGAAGAAAUCCCACAGAUAUAAGGAGGAGUUUAUUCAACAUGAAAAGAAUUCUGUUUUGGAGAAACUUCUUGAAUAUAAUAAUUGUGGGAAAGUCUUUCACAAAAAGACUGCCUUUGUUACACAUAAGAGACCUCACAAAGGAGAGAAACCCUCUGAAGAUAAUGAAUACAGACAAGCCUUCACCCAAAAAUUAAAGCUCAGUGCUCAUCCAAAAACCCUUAAGGAAAGGAAAUCAUGUGAAUCCAGUAAAAAUAAGAAACCCUCAUGCAUGAAGUCAACACAUGUACAUCAGAGAGCUCACCUAGGGGAGAAACACUAUGAUUGUAAUAAACUGGGGAAAUCCUUUAGCAGGAAGUCCAAUCUUACUCAACAUCAGAAAAUGUACAGAGGAGGAACACCUGAUGAAUAUAAUGAAAGUGAGAGAGCCUUGAGGAAGUCAUACCACACUCAAAGUGAUAGAACUCAUGCAGGAGAGAAAAUCUGUGACAGUGAUAAAUGUGGGAAAUCCUUCCAUGAAAAGCCAUGCCUUACUCAACAUCAGAGAACUCACACAAAAGAAAAACCUAGUGAGUGUAAUGAUAGUGAGAGAGCCAUAAGGAAGGAAUCGCACCUCACUCAAAGUCAGAGAAUUAACACAAGAGGGAAAAGCUUUCAAGGUAGUAAAUGUGAGAAAUCCUCCUGUGAGAAGCUAAAAUUUGCUCAACAUCAGAGAAUGCACUCGGGGAGGAAAACUAAUGAGUAUCCCAAAAGUGGCAGGACCAUAAGUAAGAAGUCACACCUCACUCAAAGUCAGAAAGCUCACAAAGGGAAGAAAGCCUACAACUGUAAUAAAUGUGGGAGAAGCUUUCCUAAGAAAACAGACCUUACUCAACAUCAGAGCACACACACAGGGAAAAAACCCUAUGAGUGUAAUGAAUGUGGCAAGUCCUUCUUUGUGAAGUCCAACCUCACUGAACAUCAGAGAACUCACACAGGAGAAAAACCAUAUGAAUGUAAUGAAUGUGGGAAGUCCUUCUGCCAGAAGUCAGCCCUCACAGUUCAUCAGAGAACUCACACAGGAGAGAAACCAUAUAAAUGUAAUGACUGUGGGAAAACCUUCUGUGUGAAAUCAAACCUUACUCAGCAUCAAAGGACCCACACAGGAGAGAAACCCUAUAAAUGCAAUGAAUGCUGGAGAUCUUUCUGUGUGAAAUCCAACCUUGUUGUGCAUCAGAGAACUCAUACAGGAGAGAAACCCUACAAAUGUCCUGAAUGUGGGAAAACCUUCUAUGAAAAAUCAGCCCUCACAAAACAUCAGAGAAUUCACACAGGGGAAAAACCCUAUGAAUGUAAUGAAUGUAGAAAAACCUUCAGCCAGAGGUCAGCCCUCACCAAACAUCAAAGAAAAACACACAAGAAGAAAACUCCUAUCAACGCUGCCCGCAUGCAGAAGCCUGCAUCUACAAAUCAGAUUCGUUGAACAUCAGCAAAAUCACAGGGCAGGAAAGCUAAGAUGUCAUCACAUGUGGGAAAGUCCUCAUCAAUCAGUUAUAGCUUCUUGGAACUAGAGGAUUAAUAUAGGAGUGAAACCUACGAAUGUUUUGAACAUGUGAAAGCUUUCAACAAGCAUUCAAAGAUAUUGAGGGGAGAUUUAUCAUUUUAAGGAAUAUGGAUAAGAAUGUUUUUGUGGGAAUGUUUAACUAGAAGUCCUAUUUCAGAUGUGAUAACCAAACUUAUUACAGAAAGGAUAACAGAAAAUAUUCUGUUAAUAGAUUGUGAAAUGUGGAGCUUUUGUAAAAGGAGGAAUACUUUAAAUUGUUGAUACAACAGCAUUAAAUAUAUGUGUGAAGACUUUCUGAGGUAUAUUGAACUAUAUAUAGGCAUGUAGUACAUGAGUGUGCCAUAGAACAUGAAUUAUGGAUAUGUCAGAUUUGUGAUAGGAACCCACCACUAUCUCUGAACCUCAACAGUAUGGUAUAUGUAGACUAAGUAAAAACCAAGCAGUCCUGUAACCUGUGACCCAACAGUUCCACCUCUUGAUAACAUACUCUAAAACAAGAGUUCUCAACUGGGCAUCCUAAAGGGUGUUUGGAAAUACUGGGAUUGCUUGGUUGUCACUGUGGCAGAGUGCUAUAGGUGGUUAGUAUAUGAGAGGGCCAAAGACACCAAAUGUCCUGCAACAUGUCAGGAAAAGGACAGGAAGAAGAGACUCAUCUACAAUGCCUGUGGCUCCAUCACAGAAAAAUACCACCCUGGAGAAACUCUUGCAUGUGUGCACCCACAGACCUAUACCAGAAUGUUCAUUGCAACACUGCAAUAAUUUUUUGAGUAACAAUUUACAAAAAUGGAAAGUAAAAAAUGUCCAUUAACAAUAGACUAGAUAAAUAAAUGUUGGUUUUGGUCAUACCAUGGGGAUAAUAUAUGGCAAUGAAAAUGAAUUAAUGAAUUAAACACUUCAAGAUGAUUAUGUUGAAUGAAAAAAAUAUAUAGCUAUUUUACUGCAUUUCAAAAAUAAAAUUCAAAAAACAAAGAACUCAGCAGUACAUUGUUCAGGGAGAUAGAUAGAUAGAAAGAAAGAAAGAAAGAAAGAAAGAAAGAAAGAAAGAAAGAAAGAAAGAAAGAAAGAUAGAUAUAAUGUGAACAGUCAAAGUACAAAGGAAAGCAAGUGGAUGAUUAACAAAACCUAGGAUAGCAAUUACAUCUGUGGAAGAAAGAGGGACUUAUGUUUACAGAGAAAGAGAAAGCUUCAUGUUUUCUUAAAUGACUCAUGAGUAUACAGGUAUUGCUUUUAAUAUUUUAUAUCAUAUAUAUGCAUAUAUAACUAUUUCUGUUUAUAGACUAAUUUUCAAGAAGCAAGCUUCAAGAUAAUUGCAUUAGAAUGUUAAAAAAAAGUGGUAUUUUGGC